AUGGCUCCGACAAAGGUUCUUCUUACCGGUGCUACUGGAUACAUUGGCGGCUCCGUCCUCACCCGCCUCCUCCAGUCAACCCAUCCCGACAUCAAGAACUUGACGUAUACCGUGCUUGUGCGAAAGCCCGAGCAUGCAGAGUACUUCAAGUCCCAGGGCAUGAGGCCCGUCUUGUUCGAGAACCUCGACCAGGUCGAUCUCCUCAAGAAGGAGGCGUCUGAGCACGAUAUCGUGAUCAAUUCGGCCAGCGCGUUUCGACCACUGGCAGCCAGGGCGCUGAUUGAGGGAUUAGCAGAGAGGAAGAAGGUUACCGGCGGUCCGGUCUGGUACAUCCAUACAUCCGGCACUUCCAGCGUUGGCAACCGUCCCGUCAGCAAGAUCUACACCGAAGAAGACGCCCCCUUUGAAUUCAACGACAAGACGCAAGACAUCUACGCCUACGAGCUCAAGCGCGAAGAGCACGAGAAAUACCCCCAGCGAACAUGCGACGUGACCGUCGUCCAAGCAGGCGAAGAGUUCAACGUGCCGACGUACAUCCUUAUGCACCCGACCAUCUACGGCACCGGCAAGGGACCCUUCAACAAGCGCUCUAUCCAGAUUCCCUUUUUGGCGAGAAGGGCUGUCAAGAAGGGGUAUGCGGAGUACAUUGGCGAGGGCAAGGGAGUGUGGGAUCACGUCCACAUCGACGACACGAGCAAGAUGUACGAGCUGCUCCUGGAGAAGCUCUUUGCGAAUGCCUCCACUGUGCCCUCCGGACGACGCGGCAUCUACUUUGGUGGACACGGACGCCACACGUGGAGGCAGGCCUCCGAGGGCCUGGCCAAGGCUGGUUUCGCGGCCGGCGUGCUGAAGGAGGCGGAGGCGCGGCCGAUUGGGCUGGCGGAGCUGGCAAAGGACACGCCGGGCGGAGUCGAGCAGUAUCUGGAGCUGGGCUUUGCGUCGAGGUCGGUUACGAAUGCGGACUUGUCGAGGGAGGUGCUAGGGUGGGUUCCUGAGGUUGCGGAGGAGGAGUGGGAGAAGGGCUUUGCGGAGGAGAUUGAGGCGGCCGUCAAGGGGAGCGAACAGUGA